UGAGCUUGUAAGGCCAAAAACUGAGGCAAGAGGAAAGACGGCUAUAUAUUUUUGUGUUGGAGGGAAGGGGAUGGAUAUAGUGAAUAUAACGAGAACACCGACAUGUCAUGGUACCCUGUGGAUAUAAGUAUUCGAGUGUUCCCCAGACUAGCAUAAAUUCAGCCGACACAAUGAGCUGACCAGCGCACCCAGUAGCUAGCUGAGAUGUCCGCUCCAACGGACCGCCAGGCAGCCACAGCUCAGGGAGAGGUCAGGUUUGCAGUGUCCUCUAACUACAGUUUGUACAGUAGUGAACAGAGGUCAGGGGUGGAGGCUGAAUUCAAGCCUUGUCAGGCUACCACACUGUAUUACACUUAUCCACUGAAACUGCUACUACCAGAACAUGCCAGUGCCAGUCAGUGUAAAUGGCUGUAUGCUAUAUCCUAUGGCGGAGGGCUGGUGGGAGGUGACCAGGUCAAUCUGGAAGUGUGUGUAGAGGAAGGAAUAGCAGUGAUGAUGACCACACAGUCCUCCACUAAAGUCUACCACUGCCUGGAUGGAAGGGUGACCAGACAGCAGUUUAAGUAUGAGGUUCAGGCAGGAUCUCUGCUGUUCGUUCUCCCUGAUCCCAUUGUCUGCUACAAGGACGCCAUCUAUGAGCAGACACAGCUGGUUACCAUGGCAACAGACAGUAACCUGGUGCUUCUGGAUUGGUACACUUCAGGUAGAAUGGCCAGAGGAGAAUGCUGGGACUUCAAAAAAUACCACAGUACUGUCAGUGUCCAUUACAGUGACCAACUCAUCUUCAGAGACUCUCAGUGCUUACAGGAUACACCCUGGUUAACCAUAAAACAAGGCAUGGGACAGUACAGCGUGGCAGGAGUAAUGGUAAUAUGUGGACCAAAAUUGCAGGAAUUUAACAGGAACUUGCUCAUUGAACUUGGAAAGUCAAAAACUUAUGGUGCUCGAUAUGAUAAUACUACUGUAUUUUCUAUAAGUCCUCUUAAAGUAGCAAGAAGUUUGGAGGCCAAGAAUGGACCAGUCACAGGCUGUGUUAUAAGGUUCAUGUCUACGACAACGCAAUUGUGUGCCAAGAAGUUACAUGAAAUUCUGCUCCCUUUAUUUCCUAUCAUUGGAGGAGAUCCUUUUGAAAACAAAUAUUGAGUCAAAAAAAUAAAACACUUAUAAUUUUUGAAGUGUGAACAAAUUGUUUUGUUAGAUAAAUAAGGGGUUCUCGUAUUCAAGCAGUUAAUAGUCUAGUCUUUCAAGAACACUAAAUGUUUGAACUUCAAGGCAAAAUCUUACAUUCCUUCUUGUUAUUAAAUUAUGACUGUGAUAGGGCAAUUUUGAGAACGCCCUUUAAGUUGUUUUAGUUAAAUAACAGAAAUAUUUUAGUUACAGCAGUGUUCUCAAUCAGAUCAGUGGAAAAUUGACAAAUGUUCUUGGAAUAUUUUUCAUUCCUUCCAGUUGAAGUAAAUUAUCUGUAGGUCUAGCUCUAGCAGAGAUUUUUAUAUGCUCGAGUUGAAGUUACUACAAAUUAAGAGUGCAACCCUAUAAGGAAAUCAUAUAAUUUUGAUAUUCAUGUCUUUGUUUGCUUUAUUUUCAAGCGGAAUGCUCUCUUUGAAUAGUCGCUGUCUAAGAAAAAGUGACUGGCAAUAUCUGGGACCUUGGUAUUUCUUUGUUAUUUUAUUUUAAAAUUAACAUCUAGUUUUGAAGUCAAAAUAUAUAGCAUUUACAUACAUUUGAAGUAUGUGAAAAACAUUAAAAUAUUUAUACUACGCAAGAUAUUUGUAUGCAAAAUAUAUAUUUUACUUAAGUAAUGAUAUCAGUGUGUUAAUUU